GGUCUUGACUCGCUUACUCGCUCUCGGAGUUCCACGCAAGGAGUGGGGAUAGCUGAUGGGGUGUUGGGGAAGGAGCUGUCGUCGUUGGCAAAAGAAGUGGCGAGAAUGGAGACCGUGCGGAUGUAUGCCGGGGCAGUGAUGAAGAUGUGCCUUUGAGAUUCACCAGCUUCUUUACAAAGCACCAAUUUUGGGAGAUGACAGUCCCAGGGCAUCUUCACUGGAACCGAUUGUAAGUUAAUUGUUGAGGCAAGAAUGGUUGAGUUCCCAUUCCCACAAAAAAGAAAAAAAAAACUUUAUCUUCUUAGGAUAAUGCCCCUUCCAAAUGUUCUUGUACUGCUCCAUGGAGAGAGCAUGAUUUCCCAUCAGUAAGAUUGGAGACUAAUGAUUUCAUAGAGAAAGUGCCCUGAUGUGUCUCCAAACUCGUUGAUCUUUCCCAUGCAAGAGAUAAACUGAGUCACUGAAGAAAUAAGCUGAGUAAGGCAUGCCCAUUCUGAAAUUCAUCUUGUUUGAGAUCUCCAUAAAUUUUGAACCUAAGAAUUGUUCUCCUUGUUCCAAACAUCAUCAAUGGCAGACCUCUAUCAGUAACAGAUUUAUAUAAACAACAAUGAAGCUUGAUAGCAUGGUAGGAGACAUCGAAGAUGCUGUAUCUUCUGCAAUAAACAAAAACUUGAGGAAGCAGAGUUUAGAGGAUGCAAGGCUGCUUGCUAUAAAAACCUUUAAACUUACAGAAGACAUCUUAGUAUCGGUUUCAAAAACACGGCCCCAGUGGACACAUCUUGUGUCAGCAGUUGACCAUAGAGUUGAUCGGGCAUUAGCUAUUUUAAGACCUCAGGCAAUCGCAGAUCAUCGCUCUCUUCUUUCUUCCCUUGGAUGGCCUCCACCUCUCUCCACUGUAACAGUUACAGGUGAUGCAACAAAAUCGACUGAAUCCCAAAAUCCUCUCUUUACAAUGCAAGGAAAGCUCAAACAGCAAUACUGUGAAAAUUUUCUUGCCCUAUGCAGCCUACAAGAGAUUCAAAGACGAAGGAAAUCUCGACAACUUGAAGGUUACAGUAAAGAGGUUUCUUUGCCACAGCCCCUUUGGGCAAUUGAAGAGCUUGUAAAUCCUAUAUCAUUAGCAGCUCAAGAACAUUUUUCAAAGUGGAUUGAUAAGCCAGAAUUUAUUUUUAUUCUCACUUACAAGAUUACAAGGGAUUAUGUCGACUCUAUAGACGAAGUUUUGCAACCUCUUGUUGAUGAAGCCAGGUUGGUGGGGUAUAGUUGCAGAGAAGAAUGGAUAUCAUCAAUGGUAACCUCCUUGUCAACUUACUUGGCAAAGGAGAUAUUCCCAAGUUACAUCAGUCAACUCGAUGAAGACUCCAACUUUGGUGUUCAAUCACAGACUAGAAUAUCGUGGCUUCAUCUAGUCGACCUGAUGAUAUCUUUUGAUAAAAGAAUUAAAUCACUUGUUGAGCAGUCUGGACUUUUGCUUUCUUUUGAUGAAAACGGGAACUUGCAAAGACUUUCUUCAUUAGCUGUCUUUUGUGAUAGACCUGAUUGGCUUGAUUUAUGGGCAGAAAUGGAGCUAAGUGAUGCGAUGGUUAAACUACAAACUGAGGUAGAUAAUGAGAGGAAUUGGUCUGAUAAGAUUCCAGCUGCAGCUCUUCCUUCUUCCUCUGAGCAUUCUAAAUCUCCUGCAAUUUCCACCAUCUUUAUUAAGCACCUCUCGUCUUUGGUUUAUCGCUGUCAAUCACUGCCUAGUAUCUCAUUGAGGUCAAGAUUUUUCAAGCUAGCUGGUUCUCCUAUCAUAGCCAAUUUUUUUAACUGUGUACUGAUCAGGUGCCAGGAAGCUGAAGGUUUAACUGCCUUGACAGACGAUGAUGCAUUGGUUAAAGUUGCAAACUCGAUUAAUGCCGCACGAUAUUUUGAAUCUAUUCUAAAAGAAUGGUGUGAAGACAUGUUUUUCCUCGAGAUGGGAUCAGCUUCUGAUGAGCUGUUAGAGAGUCCAUCAACUGGUAUAAUUGACUCAGAGAUUAGAAAGUUUGAGGAGUUUAGACGAGAAUGGGUUGAGAAAAUAUCCAUGGUUAUUCUGAGGGGUUUUGACGCUCAAAGUAGAGAUUACAUAAAGAACAAAAAACAAUGGAAGGAAAAAUGUGAAGAUGGCUGGACAGUGUCCAGGCUUUUAAUUGGAGCUUUAGAUUAUUUGCAAGGAAAAAUGUCUACUUUAGAAAAGAAUUUGAACGGGAUCGACUUCGUUUCACUCUGGAGAACAUUGGCUGCCGGUGUCGAUCGAUUUCUUUUCAAUUGCAUACUGAUGAGCAAUGUGCAGUUUAAUGAUGAUGGAGUAAAGAGGUUUGGUGAUGAUAUGGAAGUUUUGUUUGGGAUAUUUAGGUCUUGGUGUUUGAGGCCUGAAGGUUUUUUCCCAAAAAUAAGUGAGAGCAUGAAAUUGUUGAAGAUGAAGGAAGAGCAACUAAAAAGUAGUUUGGUGGGAGAACAGAGUUGGAUGAAGGAAAAUGGAGUCAAACAUUUGAGUACUGCUGAAGUAGACAGAAUUGUGAAGAGUAGGAUGCUAUAGAAACAGAAAGUUCGAUAAUACAUGUUUGGGAGUCAUAUUUAAAAUUUUUAAUGUAUACUUUUCAUCCCUCAAAAUCAAUUUUGAUGAAAUGAAAGUAGUGUUUUUAAGUGUAAAAUCAAACAAGUUGAUUUUAAAUGAUUUUCGAUGUUUUAGAGUGAAUUUGAGUAUGGUAAAAGUAAUUCUUAUUGGUUUA